GUUAUAAACGGGAGAUAAAUAAACACGAUACUACGUCAAUCCAGCAAAUGAUUCCAAAGAGUUACUAAUUCGGACUUGCCUAAGAACUCCCCGCUCGAAGUCAAAGUGCGAGAUCCGAGAUCUGAUUAUCUCGGGUUGGUCUUCAUUUGUCAGCCCACCUUGUUUGUACGUGAUAUCAUCGUCACCCAAGUGCACAUCACAUAUUGUGACAUUUCAAAAAGGCUACGUUUCUCUGUGCCGUUUGCAGCCACAUUCAAAUACCUUGUGGUUCCCCUCAUGUUGACGAGAUCGAGUUUGAGAGUCUUUGCUAGACCUACGACAAGAAUACGAUACUCAACAAUGGCGACUCCUUUCAAGAUUCAGCUGGAACCCCAGAACUCGGGGCUGUUAGGGAUGAAGCUUGGCCAGAGUGAGGCCUCAAAGGCAACUGACCUGCUGCAGAAAGAUUUAGAGAAUCAUCAUGUCUUCUUCAAUGAAUCUGGUUUUCAUGACCAUGUAGAUUCCACUCAUAAAGCUGUCUCAUACUUCGCUAACGACAUUAGAUUGUUCAUCAAGUCUUAACUUUGUACGGUACCGGCGCAACAACAAAGGAUCUAGACACAGCCUAUGAUGCUAACAAGGCAUAUCAACUUAAAGCCAUGAAACCAAAGUCCGAUGUCGUUGAUAAACUGGAACACGGCUCAGACUGGUCAGAAUAUCUUGGCAAAGGUCGAAACUAUGCUACAUUCUUUCGUUUCUUCCAGGACGAAAUCGAAAGAAUCGGAUGGCAGGACACACUCAAGGAGUAUCUCUUCAAAGACGAUGCACGAGGUCGCGACAUGCAAAGCCGUCUAUUUGCCGGUAUCCUUCACCCACUUAUUCAGUUGCUGUAUGGCAUGGAGUGGUCACAGCCCAUGAUCAUCGCUUCAGCUCUUGCACAGACUGCCGUUCAUCGAGACGACUAUAAAGAGUUUCUCACAGCCGCUGCUGAAAAGGCUCAAGCUUCCGACGCGCCACCGAAGAUGAAGACCAUCGGUGGCCUUUACGAAGAUGCUGUCAAGAAUGAGAAACUUCGAAAAAGCUCGCAUUGGGAUGAUUCCAAUCGGAUCUUUGAUGGUGUGUUUACGAGGGCGAAGGAUGAGAUGAUCACUUUGGCUGCGAGAGUGAGAAUUGGUGAGGAGGAGCUGGACGAAAAGAUUGCCGAGAUGGUGCAUCAUUCUGCUUUCGUUGCUUCAGCUGCUGCUUUUCAUCCACCUCAUGCUCCAAGAUUCGAAUUUAUUCUCAUGCAUCACAUAACAUCCACGCCCUUCUUCCUUACACUGAAAGAACAGUCCUGGAUUCCAGUAUCAACCAAGGCGCGCUUCUUGGAGAACAAGGUCCGCAUGGAUCUCCUGCAGUACAUCGCUCGUGGCUCGCCAGCUCUUCGUAGCGAUUUGCUUCGUGGCUAUGAGCCUAAGGAUGGAGAAAAGCUGGUGGGUAAGCCAGAAGAUUUGUUCCCGAGGAUUCACAAGGUUGUGGAUGAUGGGCACACUGUCAAGUUAGCCAGGGCAUUGAUGCUGGCGCAAAGAAUUACAAAACCGUAUGAGAACAAGGAGUGGGUGAAGAUCAAGGGAGAUGACGAGUGGUUGAGGGCUGUGUACUUGUUGCUGGAUGCCAAUGAGGAAGCUGAUAGGCAGGGAGGUACUAUGUGGGUUAGAUCUUGCGGGUUCGAUGAAGCUUGGGAGGAGAUUCCCAAGGCUAAGAUGUAAGACAACCGGAAGGAUAGGCUUGUAUGAUAUGCAUGGGUAUUAUGAAUCGUAUUUACCGUCUAUUCUAAACCAAUCCAUUCAUCAGAUCCCGCCUCAGACUGCUCAUCUCCAUCAACAUCCAUAAGCUUCACAUCCACAGUUUUGCCACUUUCCAAUGUCUUGACAUCCUUCUUUCCAGACUUAUCCUCCGCUUGGCCCAACAAAUAAUCAACCAUGUACACGUUUUCGUCAGCAAGUCUCCUAAUCUCAUCCCUCAUCUUGGAUACAGCUCGCGCAACGACUCUUAGCUCGAUAUCGGCCUUGGCACGGUUUGCCGAGAGCCAAGCUCCGUGCUUAUCAACGAUAGCCUUGAUCCAGACGAGGCAGAACUCGAUGUGGGGUGACUCCUCGGUCUGGGCGGCGACGAAGCGGAGAAGACGAGAAACAUAAACAGUAGGGAGGUCGGCAACCACGAGAGGAAUUUCGGCGGAGGGGAUGGCUUGGAAGACUCGCUUGAUCAGACCAGCUUCGUUGAGGCGGAAGGCCAUGACAAGUGCCUUGAGGUAAUCUUGCUCUGUCUCGAGAACAGCGAGUGUUGAGGCAGGGGUGAUCUCCAUGUUCAGGUCGAAAGGAUCGAACUGGAUAUCCUGAUCCAAGCUGUAGAUCAAGAGACCCUCUGUAGAGGCAGCACAGAAAGCAGUGCCAGCAGGUGAGAAACCAAUGCCUGUCACACGCACCUCAGGGGCCUUCCUUCGUGCUGAAGGAUCACCACGUUUUGAUCCUGGCAACGAGCUAUCCACGCGGUCUUCGCGGUCCGAGGCUUCCUGAUCGUCGAGGUCUCCAGCAGGGCCGGCUUCAGUCAACAACUUGCUGUUCAGGAAUUCCUGGGUACCAGAGAGAGAAAGGUUGACGCUGACGGUGUACUUCUUCAGCAGCACCAUGGUUGUCACGGAGUACAAACAGAUGUACUUGCUGUUUCCGCCAGCCAAGAGACAGCUGCCAUCAGCGCUAUAUCGGAUUGUGUUGAAGCUCUUUGUGCCGGCCAUAUUUGCCGCUGUUCGACGAUCUGUGAGUUUUCGUCCUCCUGAAACAUCUCUUCGUCCAUCGACUCCAGAAGUCUGCUCUGCAUCUGUUACUGACCAGAAAGUAAGCUGGCCAUCUAAUGUUGAGAUGGCAAGUUGCAAAGAAUCUGGACGGACAGCGAUAUCGAGAACAUCAGCCUGGAGCUGCAGAGGCUCGCUGGUCUGUGUCCGGCUGAAGAUGGACCAGAUACGGGCUGUGCGAUCCCAGGAACCACUGAUAAGUGAGUCACCAUUGGGUGUGAAUGCGAGAGACGAGACAGGACCCUCGUGGCCUGAUAACUGGUCAAGAAGUUGGCCUGUCUGGACGGACCAAAUGUGAAUGUCGAAGGAAUCGAGAGAUCCAGCGGCUACGACUUCGCCACUAGGGUCAACAGCCAUGCAUGAGAAUGACAGUCUUGUAGGUGCUGUGAAAGUUCGGAAGUUUCGGUAUCGGAUCAAGUCCCAGGCUCGAAUGGAUCCAUCCAGACUUGAUGUGAAGAGAACAUUACCCUUCUUGGCAAACUCGCAGGCUGUAACGCCGCUAGUAUGCUCAGUGAAGGUAACUAUACAGAAGCCUGACUGAAUAUCCCAGACCUUAAUCUUUCCGUCAUCUGCAGUGGUGAUGAUGCGCUGGCCGUCAGGUGAAUAGACCAGAGCGUUCAUGGCGUCGAAAUGGCCCUGCUGUUUAAGGAUGUAAGACUCAGACUGCCACUCCCAUACCAGUAAUUGCCCCAGCUUAGAUGCACCAAACGCCAACCACUCGCCACUUUUGUUGAUGGUGACAAAAUCUAUAUCGUUUUGCGAGAUGCUCAGCUUGUGUAUCAUGUUAAAGUCAGGCAUCUCGUACAGGCCAAACAGACCGUUGGAGAAACCAGCAACCAGGAGAUUCGUCUCAGGGUGGAAAGCGGCACAUCGCACAUGAGCGCUUCCCUGCAUGAAGUAGUGCCGUUGGACAAUGCGCCAUCGCAUAUCUGAAUCCUCAUCAUCGUCCUCCAUCUUGUCGUCGUCCUUGAUACGGUUGAUAGGCUUAACAUAUUGCCAGUCAAAGACGGCGCCAUCCUUGCUAACAGUGUAAAUCAUCUCCUGGUUUUCUGAGAACCAAGCGCCGAUGACAGCCUGUUUAUGGCCUGAAAGCACCGUGGGGGUGAAACCCUCCUCAGGGUUCAAACUCCAUAUCCGCGCCGUGAGAUCCUUGGAGGUUGUGAGGAAGAAUCGCGAGUCGCUGGACCACUCAAUAUGGCUAACGGUAUCGAAAUGGCCGGUAUGUGUGUGGUAUCGAACGAAAGGAGCAAAUUCGAGUUCACCCUCGGCAGAAGCAUCGGGGGUCGAGGGAACGUGCCAGACCUCAAUUUUGCGACCCAGUCCCACGGCGAAAUGUCGACCAGAUGGCGAGAAUGAAAGUGCUGUGACAGGAGAUCGGAAGGAGAAGUGGUAUAUGGAUAUCCUUCGGGGGACAUUGGUCAAGAUCGCG